AAUACUUCUCAUAAUAGUAAUAAUAAUAAUAAAAAAAAAAAAAACUUCUCACUUCAAAAAGCUUCUUCAUCAAAAAAAUGGUUCUGUCCAAAAUCGCUUCGCAGUCCGAUGUCUCGGUGCACUCGACUUUCGCAUCGCGUUACGUUCGUGAUUCCCUCCCUAGGUUUAAGAUCCCGGAAAACUCGAUACCGAAAGAGGCGGCUUACCAAAUCAUAAACGACGAGCUUAUGCUCGACGGGAAUCCGAGGCUGAAUUUAGCGUCAUUCGUGACCACGUGGAUGGAACCCGAGUGCGAUAAGCUCAUUAUGUCCUCUAUUAACAAGAACUAUGUGGACAUGGAUGAGUACCCUGUCACAACUGAGUUGCAGGCAAAUUACAGAUCUAAGUACUAUUAUGAGAUUGACUUUAUUGAUUGUUUUGUACAAAGCUUAUUAAACCGUUGCGUGAACAUGAUCGCGCACCUCUUCAACGCGCCCCUCGGUGAGAGCGAGGCUGCAGUCGGUGUCGGGACUGUGGGAUCGUCGGAGGCCAUAAUGUUGGCGGGCCUCGCCUUCAAGAGGAAGUGGCAAAACAAGAUGAAGGCCCUAGGGAAACCCCACGACAAGCCCAACAUCGUGACUGGGGCCAAUGUCCAGGUCUGCUGGGAGAAGUUCGCCCGCUACUUUGAAGUCGAGCUCAAGGAAGUGAAGCUCAGGGACGGGUACUAUGUGAUGGACCCGGAGAAGGCGGUCGAGAUGGUUGACGAGAACACAAUUUGUGUUGCCGCCAUUCUCGGGUCCACACUCAACGGCGAGUUUGAGGAUGUCAAGCGCCUCAACGACCUCUUGGUCGAGAAGAACAAGGAAACAGGGUGGGACACACCAAUUCAUGUGGAUGCAGCUAGUGGUGGAUUUAUUGCCCCAUUUUUGUACCCCGAAUUAGAAUGGGACUUUAGGUUGCCAUUGGUAAAGAGCAUCAAUGUGAGUGGGCACAAGUAUGGGCUUGUCUAUGCUGGUAUUGGGUGGGUCAUUUGGAGGAGCAAAGAGGAUUUGCCCGAAGAAUUGAUCUUCCACAUUAACUAUCUUGGUGCGGAUCAGCCCACAUUCACACUCAAUUUCUCCAAAGGCUCUAGUCAAGUCAUUGCUCAAUACUAUCAACUCAUCCGCUUAGGCCACGAGGGUUAUCGCAACAUCAUGGAGAAUUGCCAAGAAAACGCGAUGGUCCUAAAGAAGGGUCUCGAGAAGUCGGGGAGGUUCAACAUCGUGUCGAAGGACGAUGGGGUCCCACUCGUGGCCUUUAGCCUCAAGGACAACACGCGCCACAACGAGUUCGAGAUAUCAGACAUGCUCCGGAGGUUCGGGUGGAUCGUGCCUGCGUACACGAUGCCCCCUGACGCGGAGCACAUCACGGUGUUGAGGGUCGUGAUAAGAGAAGAUUUCUCGAGGACACUGGCAGAGAGGCUCGUGAUGGACAUCGAGAAGGUGAUGCACGAGCUCGACUCGAUGCCGUCGAGGGUGGCGGAGGAGGUGGAGGGUGGUGGCCGGCCGCCGAUCCCGAAGAAGACAGGGGUCGAGGUGCAGAGGGAGGUUAUGGCGACGUGGAUCAAGUUCGUGGCCGAUAGGAAGAAGACCAAUGGGGUGUGCUAGGGUUUUUUCUUUGGGGGAGUGAUUUGAGAAGGGUGAAUUUGGUUUUAUGUGACUAUAUUGAGAGUAUUGUUUGUUACUACUUUCAAGUUGUGUUGUUGAUCUUUUAAGUUUGAGGCAUAUGCUUUGCUUGCUUGUUAUGGCUAAAUGAGACCGGUUGAUGGGCUUGUUGUUGUACUACUAUUUCUGAUUUGUGCAAUGCUGAGUUUUUAUUUGUCUAAUUUAAAUAUUUUAUACUUUUAAA